AUUUUGAUUUAGAAUAAUGAGGCAAUGGCUGCAUAACGAUUGGAUGUUCUCGAUGACGACAAAAGGCAGAGAGCAAAAGAAGGUUCUGAGAACGUUACAUGGAUUUUCUGAACGGGUUAUUGCUGAAAGAAAACUUUAUCAUGAUCGCACUAAGGGUCGAUAUUUACCAACUUCUGGUAAUGACACUUCGGCAGAGGAUAAUGACACAGAAGUGAUAGGAAUUCGAAAAAAGAGGUUUGCAAUGUUGGAUAUACUACUAGCAGCAUCUCGUGAUGGUCUUAUGACUGACCUCGAUAUCAGAGAAGAGGUCGAUACUUUUAUGUUUGAGGGUCAUGAUACUACAGCAACUAGUUUGUGUUUCACUCUAGCAUUAUUAGCUGAGCAUAAGGAUAUUCAGAAUCGUGUCAGGAGCGAAGUCGAUACCGCUUUGCAAAAGAAUGGGGAGAAAUUUACUACGAAAUUAUUGCAAGAAUUACCAUAUUUAGAGAGAUGCAUAAAGGAAUCAUUACGCUUAUAUCCCAGUGUGUAUCUGAUAUCACGAAACACUGGGGAAGAUGUAAAAUUAUCCUCAUAUUUAGUACCUGCUGGAACAUUCCUGCAUCUUGACAUUUACGGAGUCCACAGAGAUCCUAAUUUUUGGCCAAACCCAGAAGUAUUCGAUCCCGAUAGAUUUUUGUCCGAGAAAAUCCGAAAUCGUCAUCCUUAUUCAUACAUACCAUUCAGUGCGGGACCACGUAACUGUAUCGGCCAACGAUUUGCUAUGCUGGAAAUGAAGGCUAUGAUAGCUUCUCUAAUACAUAAUUUCUACGUCGAGCCUAUUGAUUAUUUAAAGAAUAUUCAAAUUCACGUUGAUUUUGUUCUUCGUUCUGCUUCUCCAAUUCGUGUAAGAUUUGUUCCUGUCCGUGAAACGAAUACAAGCCUUUGAAGCAAAUAACGGUUUAUGAACAUAGGUGAAGGUAAAGGUAAGACUCUAUUUGCCUACAAAACUAUUUUGUAGGUAACGCUUACAGUGUAAUAGUAACAUUUGUCAUUAUCAGCGGUCACAAAAAUUGAAAUAUAAAUAAAACGUAAUAAAUACAAGAUA